GUUCGCGACGACUUCGUCGUCACCGUCGUCCGCGAUAGACCCACCGCGGAGAGGAAUUCGCGCAAUCUCGGUGCGGGAUUGCGUGUGACGGAUUCCGAUCUUUGUAUUAUGGCGACUGCCGGAAGCAACCAGAUCAAGAACGCGAAAUUGGUUCUUCUUGGGGAUGUUGGUACCGGAAAAUCAAGUCUGGUGUUGCGAUUUGUGAAAGGCCAGUUUGUUGAAUUCCAGCAAUCGACCAUAGGUGCUGCAUUCUUCUCGCAAGUAGUUUCUGUCAAUGAUGAAUCAGUGAAAUUUGAGAUUUGGGAUACUGCUGGGCAGGAGAGGUAUCAUAGCUUGGCCCCUAUGUAUUACAGAGGAGCUGCAGCUGCUGUGGUUGUCUACGAUAUAACAAAUUCGGCUACAUUUACUCGAGCAAAGAAGUGGGUUCAAGAACUUCAAGCCCAAGGUAGCUCAAAUACUAUCAUUGCUCUUGCUGGUAAUAAAGCUGAUCUUUUAGAAGCUAGACAGGUCACAACCGAGGAAGCCCAGACAUACGCACAGGAUAAUGGCCUUUACCUCAUGGAAACUUCGGCCAAAACAGCAAUUAAUGUUAACGACAUAUUCUAUGAAAUCGCAAAGAGACUAACACAAGUGAAGCCAGUACAGAACCCUCAAGGAAUGACUCUAACAGGCAGACCUGAUGACAAACCAGUGGCUGCUGCUUCUUGCUGCUCUUCUUAGUCAAUAUUAUUACACGUUUUUUCUUUAAAAACAACACUCUGAUUUUAGGAGGAAAAUGUUUUGAAGCACACAGUUUUUGAAUUUAGUGAUUUGUGUGUGAGUUUAAUGAUCACCAAUUCAUUGUAAAUGUGUUUCCAAAACUAUUUAUAAAGAAAUCAGUUCCUUUGGCAAUUUAUAAA